AUGGCGAACGACGAUGGCGCUCUCUCGUUCUUGAUGCAGCCUGGGGUGGAUGUCCUGCACGAGGGGGCAGGGCUGUGGGAGGGAAGCGCUGUAGACGAGAACGCCUCUCCCUGCCUCUCCGCCCUAUUCCCUGAGUUAGCCCAUUCGUGGGCGUCCUCCGACAACGUCCUGGACAGCAAGAGCCCCGUCCAGCUCCAGCCCGCCCCGAGCGUCCUCUCGUUCCAUCACAGCAUCGAGACAGCACAGCAACCGCAAAUGUGCGUGCAUCCGAUUCAGCAGAGGAGUAUCUUCAACUCUGACCUUGGGCAACUGCAGCAGCAGCAGACCAUCAAGCGUCCCCGUGAGGACAAGGAGCCCGAGAGUUCCUCCUCCUCCAAGCGCAGCCGGUCGGAGAAGCACUACAAGGAGAUUCGCCUGCUGUGCGAGGCAGCGUCCAAGUACGUGGGAGGAAGCAAGUUCGUGGAGAAAUCGAUCCAGCUGUAUGACAAGUAUCGGGAGUCAGGCAAGGCAGCAGGCCGCCCGUCGAGGCCGAUGUACGCGGCUGUCGUGCUGGCAAUGAGCUGCGAUGAUGGAGACGAGGGGGAUGAGGCAGAAUGCAAAUCCCGCCUCGCUCACAUCGAGUCUGCUGCCGUUCAAGUCUGGGGCAAGGAGGCUCCGGAUCGUCGCAAGAUCUGGGAUGGAUUUCUGGCGCUGCAGCGCAUUGUUCCCAUCCGGCAGGUGGAGGCCGGACCCCAGCACCUCGCCAGCUCCGUCCUGUCGAAGCUCUUCCGGAGGAUUCAGUUCUCGACUUCCCCAGCUCAGGACCAGCUGACGAGGAACCUUCUCUUCGAGCUGGCCACCAGCUUGGAACAAGGUCCGCUGGCGGGGAAGGCGCCCAAGACGAUCGCGGCCUGCACGAUGCACCUCUACUGCAGGCAUGUUGGAGCGGGACUUGCUAUUGCCAAGAACAUUGCGACCUCAUUGCAGGUUGUUGUCAGGAGGAGGAGGAGUGUGCUGGAAGGAGCGGGGGCGGGGGGGAGGGAAGGACAGGGGAAACGCAGGAGGGGAAGAGUUGGAGAGAGCACAGUCAGGACGAACCUGCGGGGGAUCCACACGGGAGAGGGAGGAGGGGAGGGGUCGCUCUUCCUCAAGGCUCAGACCAUCCUGGACCAGUGCCCUCCUCCCCUCAACUUCCAGGUGAACCUCAACGGUACCAUGCUGCAUGCCAACACGCUGGCGCCGCUGGGAGGGGAGCGGAAGGAGGCGACGAUUGGAGUGAAGGAGGAGCUGGUGUAUGGAGGAGGGAGGCUGGAAGGGCCUGUGAUCAGUAUGAUGAAGCCGCUGCCGUAG